AUGUACAGAAAUUAUGGUGAAGUCGAGACAUUUGAUUCUCGAGUAGAGCUUAGACGAGCAAAAAAUGUCAUUGAAUCAUAUUUGAACCGACGUACUAAAGCUGCAUGGGACGCUAAAUUAUCACUGGAAUCUCGUCAUUUGGCUAAUUUUACUGAAAAUGACGUGAAUGAUCCAAUGAGUGCUCAUUUCAUACGUUUUAUGUCUGCUAAACAAGAAACUGAUGCUGCUCGUGUGCAUGUGCAUGAUCAUACUGGGAACGUCAUAGAGGUAAGCAGUACACGACGAUUUAAUUUAACUCCAAAUGCUAAUUUCUAUGGUAUUCCAACUAGUUCACUCUCAUCUGCUGUUCACAUUCCUACUCCAGUCUAUGAUAGAAAUCCAGAAGUGCUAAUGAAAAUAGACUGGUCUGAUAUAGAUCAUAUAUAUAGAGCAAAUAAAGAUGAAACGCGUGAUUUAGCUUUUCAAAUGUUUUGUUCAGAAUCUGGUUUCAUGCGGUACUAUCCAGCAGUGUCAUGGGUAUGGGAUAAUCGUGUAGAUAAACUUGAUUUGUUUGAUUGCAGAAGCACAGAAUGGUAUAUAAAUGCAGCAACUUUGUCCAAAAAUGUAAUUAUAAUGCUAGAUAUGUCGGGUUCAAUGCUUGGUCAACGCUUUGAAAUAGCCAAACAAACUGUUGAAGCGAUAUUAGAAACGCUUUCUGAUAAUGAUUUUUUUAAUAUAUUGCCAUUUUCAAAAACAGUUGGAUUUUUGGAUGAGUGUAGUGAAAAAGCUGGACUAUUGCAAGCAACUGUUCGCAACAAAAAGAUGCUGAGAGCAAGAUUGAAUGGCAUGUCGUCAGAAGGAAAAGCUGAGUACGAAAAAGGCUUAAUUAAAGCAUUUGAAACGUUAAUGAAACUUCCUGGAUCAGUCAAUUUUACAACACUUGAAGAAUUGGCUCAACGUCGGGAAUUAGCUGGUGGUACAUUACCUACUGAUGUUCAUUAUAUCGAAGUUCAAGAUCAUAUUCUUGUAAUUCCAAAUCAUCUUUAUCAAGCGAUGCGUAAUUAUACAGGUAAAAAGGCGCAGUUCGGAUGUAACGAUAUAAUUAUGUUAAUUACUGAUGGAGCACCAAAUUAUUUCAAGCAAAUUUUCCAAUUAUAUAAUAGAAAUAAAUCAGUCCGUUUCUUUUCAUUCCUCAUCGGAGAAGAAGCAACAGAUGUAUCUCAAGUAAAAUGGAUGGCUUGCGAAAAUAAAGGCUUUAUGGUGCAUAUUAGUAAUUUGGCUGAUGUUCAGGAAAAAGUUCAGCAUUAUAUCAAAGUAAUGUCUCGACCUGUUGGUAAAUAUGGUAAGAAUUUUGGUGAAAGAGAUGCUAUAUGGAGUGGUGUAUAUAAGGAGCGACUGCUUACAUUGGAUCAAAGACCCGUAAAAAAAACAGAAAAGCUAGUCACUACUGUAAGUUAUCCAGUGAUUCAAAAUGAGCAGUUAAUGGGAGUUGCUGCAAUUAGCGUACCUGUCACCGAAUUAUCACAAUUGGUUCAUUCCGUAAAUGUAAACCUUUUAUUAGGAAGUCGAAGCUAUGCAUUUAUGUUGGAUAAUAAUGGUUAUGUGAUGUUUCAUCCACAAAUGCGUCUUUUAGAUCCUGAAACAAAACAAGUGAAGUUAAACUACAAUAAUAUUGAUAUUUUGGAGCUUGAAGUUCCACAAAAUCAACAAUUGUUGAGCGAUCAUUUAUCAGUGAGGGAUCGUUUACAGUAUGAUACUAGUGAGGAACGUGUUUAUCGUCAGACAAAUACUUAUUAUUCUGAAUGCUUGAAGCAUUCACUUUUUACUAUUGGAAUGGCAGUUGCAAAAGGUGAUGAAAAACGAAUUAAGCCUAGAAAAGAGAUUAAUUAUGGCGAUGUGAAGUUACUAUGGUAUGAUUCUCCAAAUUGGCUCAUGCAUCCAACCUGGUACAGUUUUGCUUUUGGUUCUCAACUUUACUUAUUUACUUUGUUAAAUUUAUCAGACAUGCGAUACUGUCUUCUAAACGACAGUGAUGCAUUUAUAACGCCUGAAGCUGCAUUUCGUACUUAUGCACGACAGAUGAGAAUAGAAGGCCGUUUACCAAAGCUUUGUGAAUAUCGGAAGCCACUUGUAGAUCGAUUUCUGUUUGAUAUGAAAGUAACAAAUGGUUUAACAAAUUUAUGGGAUAUAAAUUGGAACGAAAAUAAAAAAAAACAAAUUACUCUUGUAUGGUUUGCUACUACUUCGGGUAUGAUAAAAUAUUGGGAUGAAUUACCAGAUGGCUUGGCAUAUGCAAAUCCAAAUUGGUCACCAACAGCUACAUCUGCAGCAAUUCCUACACUGAAGUCUUCUACAAUGGGUAGUCAAAGCACAACACAAAAGCGCACAAAAAAAGAUUAUAUUCAUAAUAAUUAUUCAAAAUAUGGGAAUUAUAUGGUAAGAAAAGAAUAUAUUUGCAGAAAUUAUCAACACUUCAUCAAAGAUCUCAAUAGUCGUUCCAGCGAAGAUCAGUACUUCCAACGUAGUGUUCGUAUGCCAAGACGUUUGGUUGUUGAUGUAAAUAAGAAAAGUCAUCUGUGGUACAAAAAAGAGAUGCAAUCAGUGUUUGGAUAUUCAGAAAAUGCAUCACUUCUUUUAACAAUUACCAAAGCAUUAGAUAUAGAGGGUGCAGAUGAACGUCGCUGGUGUUUUUUAUUAGAUGAGCAUGCAUAUAUUGUUUAUAGUAGUUUGAAUACUACAAUAAAUAACGCUGGAACUAGUGAUGGAUAUAUAGAAGAUGAUACUGGAAUUGCACGAAAUUUAAAUUUGCUAGGACGGUGGUUUGGGUCAUUAAAUCGAAUCACAGAAAGAACAAUGACAUUAUUGGUAAAAAAUAAUUUUUACUCCGAAAUAACUUAUGUUGAUUAUCAAGCAGUUUGUAAGCAAAGUGAAAUUGUUAUGUAUACAGCUGGAUCCGCUCAAAGGAUUAGUGCAUUAAUUGAGUCAUUGUUAUGGAUUUGGAGUCGAUUACUUGUACUGCUGCAAAAUUUUACAAUUAUACAGACGUUUACAUCACUAAUGCAUCCUUACGUAGCAGCAUAUACAGCAACCUUUACUGGUGAUACUGACACAUUUUCAUGCGACAAAGCAGCGAAGUAUUAUUUAGCUAAUUGGGGUAUUGAGAAUUGGUCUGGUCAGAAAAUGCCUAAAUCGUCAACAUUAAAUGUGAAUAAUUUGGCAGAACGUCCAUGCAAGCACAAUCCAGCUAAAUGCGCAGUCAAAAUGUAUGCGCAUUGGGUACCAAAUACGAAUCUAUUAUUUGUUAUUAUCGCUCAAAAUAAUCCAACGUUCACUUCAUCUACUUGCUAUGAUGAAACGCAAUGUCCAUUAUCAGUACCAUCUGAAUUCAAAACGACUUUCAGUUCGGUAGAUAAUGCUUCGGAUAAACAACAAGCAAGAAAUUCAGUUAAUAGUAACUCAGAUGAGGCAUUAUCAAAAAAUAUGAAUGACAGAAAAUGUCGACAUGUUCGAGCUAAGCAACGCAAAUCGCCUUCGAAAUGUAUUAACUCAAAUGAGGAUGAAUCGCAGUAUCCUUGUUCCCAAAUGGCUUCUCGUUUAGUAGUGCGUAAAAGUAUUGCGUUAAUUACAGUAAUAUAUAAACUUUUACAUAUGUUAUAG